AUGAAAGCAUUCGAUGCUGCGGUUGAAUAUCCUCGAAAGCGUGCCUCAAUUGCCUGUAAUUUCUGUCGUCAUCGGGUGCAGGAUGUCCCUGCGGAAAUACUACAUCGCUUGAACAAUUUAGAAGCUCUCCUGGAGCAGCAAAAGGAUGCCAUCGCCCAACUUACAGCCCAGGUGGCAUCUAGUCCCACCUCGACGCAAUACUCGAAUCCCUCCUGUUCGCCGCAACCUCGCUACUGGGAUCCCUCCGAAAACCAUAGGUCUCCCAUCGGCUUUCCACCGCAGCAAAGCCGCGCCUAUGAGGUGCCUUUUGCCAUUCCACUCGGUCAUCAUACGCCCACCGGGAGUUUCUUCGCCCUGGACCGCAUAAAGAAUCUCAUCGGAGAAUACCCUCAUGAUUUCUUUUUUCGGCUAGAAGUCAAGCGCCCCUUUGACGAUUUCAAGGGGUUGGGAACACCACAAUCAUUCGACCAGAUCGAGCCCUAUAGAUUGCAACCUCAUGUGAUCCAUCCACUCGUCGUCCAGUUCCUUGAACACGUUCAUCCCUUCUUCCCUAUCAUAGAAGAAACCUCGGUUCAUGCACUUUUUGAUACGUUUCCAGCAUCUCCCAAGGCCAACGUCCGGACAUCCUUGUGUCUUAUUAUUCUGGCAUUGGGAAAGGUAUCCCUGAACUCUACAACCAUUUUCGACAUCGAGGCGGAAAGAGGACAUAGCGGCGUUGAAUACUUUGCAUCGGCGUGGGUCAAUUUGAGCCAGGGACCCCAGCCGGAUUUUUCGGUAGAUCAUAUGUUACCAGUGGCUCUUUUCUACGGUUCUUUAUAUCUACGCUAUAUCGGACGGCCACUACAGGCCUGGCAACUGAUCAAACGGGCCUCGGAUAGUGUACAGUUCAUGAUCACCCAACUACAGGCCACGAAGACGCAAGAGCAACGAGAUAUCCUUCUUCGAACUGCCUGGGGCUGUUACAUUCUCGAAUGUGAUGACCUAGCAGAGUUUCACCACCUCAGUCGUAGCGGUAUCGAAAUUGUUGUCGAACAACUUGGGUUCCCUGGGUUUUCAAUCUCAAACAACGGAAGCAAAAGCCGUGAGGUCUUUCUCGCUAUGUGCUCCAUCCGAACGAUUCUCAAUCGAGUCCAAGAGAGCUCUCAUUCUAUCCCAACUCAGCACGCAAAUGAUGCCACUACAAGUCCACAGAGACACUCAAUCGGCUCACUGGAGAAGAUCUGCGGGGAGUUCGACCGUCAAUUGGAGACAUGGUUCAAUUACCUCCCAAAGGCCAUCAAGCCAAACUUGGAUGUCGCAAUCGCCCCCGAUGAUCCAUACGACAGUUACAUUCGAGCCCGGUAUUUUGCAACGGAACACAUUAUCUGCCGCCCGAGCUUGUUCCUGGCUGCUCAAAGUACCACGGCUUUGCCAGUGUAUAUCUUCGAAAAUUGUCAGAAAUGUGUUCACAGCUGCCGCGAGUUCAUCAUGGCAACGACUUAUCUUCUACAGAAAAGAACCCAUUCAAACUGGCCUAGGAUGCAAGCACUGUUAGCCGCCGUCUUCACUCUCUCAAUUGCCAAAACCACGCCCUCCUUGGAAGCACUGGUUCAUGACUUCGAUGAAAUCGCGAAGGAAGCAAUCCAAUCGAUUGAGCCCUGGGCACGACACUUUGAAACUGCGGAUACCAUCAUGGGCAUGAUGAAAACAAUCCGUCAAAAGCUUCGGGUGUCGAUCCAGACGAUUUAA